AUGGACUGCGAUGCUGCGACGUCCAACAUCCUGGCCGAGUGGAAGGAGGUCAGCGAUGGAGCUUUCGUGGACUCCUCGCCGGAGUCCUCCUCCAUGGACUCCAUGUGCUCCUCGCCGGAGAUCUUCUUCACCGGCGGUCACCAGGAGAUCCAAGAGCUCGCCUAUGCGUUCCCAGGGCGCGGUUCUUCAUACAGUCCGAAAGCGCAAAGGGAGAGCAAGUCCAAGAUGUCCACCAAGAGGCGCAUGAAGGCAAGCGAGAGGGAGAAGAUGAGGAUGAGGAGUCUCGCCGAGGCUCUGCACCAGCUGCGGGACUACCUGCCGCCGGACUACACCAGGAGGGGACAGCCGCUGACCAAGAUCCAAACCCUCAAGUCCACCAUUGAGUACAUCAACAAGCUCACGGACAUCCUGAGCCGCGCGUAAA